AAGGCCCAUAUUCUAACAUGGGUUGCGCUUGUUUGCGUUUUGUUUGGGCUUGUUUUGAAAUACGAGUUCGCUAUUAUUUUUUUGUCAGAAAUCUGGCAACCCUGAAUGAGAGGCACCUGCUUGUUUCAAAGGAAGUUGCUCGAGAUUAGCUCCUUUUGUAUAGUGAUCUAGCUGUCGUUAGUGCCUCUCACAUUAUUGCCCAUCCCUCUUUAAGAUAACCUGUAUAACGUCUGCUGGGUUUUACAACUCUGGGAGGCGAUAUAAAUGACGUUGUCGGGGUUUCACGAAUUCACUGGGAUUGACAACGUCGACUGAAAUACAUUGUUUCUGAAGAAGUGACCCAUUUCGCUUCCUGCACGUCGAUCGAUAUUCUUCCGCUUUAUUUACCAGAAGCUGGCUGAUCUUUAAGGUGUGUCCCAUGCAGUCUUCAACAACUUCCAGCCUUCUCUGCUGAAGUCAACUCAAGCCCUUCUUUGUAAAAACGCUUAUUGCUAGCAUGAGGCUGUUUCCACGGCGACGCUUCAGCCCCCUGAAACUGGCCGUGCUGGGGGUGGCUGUCUUCUUCUUCCUCGUCAUCCUCUUUAUGCAGCAGGACAUGGGGGGCGAGGCGUCCGACAGGAAGGCACGCAUGAUUGACGUGAUGAUGGGUGCCGUGAACAACAUCCGAGACUCCAUGCCCAAGUUUCAGAUCCAGGCCCCAGAGCCCCGGGAGGAGCAUGAGGAGCGGGUACCGCAGUGCCCCCCGGGUUACUACUCCCCGGCUGAGCUCAAACCCGUCAUCGAAAGGCCCAUCCAAGACCCCCAGGCACCCGGUGCAGAUGGCCAGGCCUUCAAAGAGGGCACGCUGUCUGAGGAGGAGCAGAAGGAGAAGGACCGAGGCAUGCAGAAACAGUGCUUCAACCAGUUUGCCAGCGACCGGAUCUCUCUGCACCGGAGCUUGGGAGUGGACACCAGGCCUCCAGAGUGUAUCGAUCAGAAGUUCAAGCGAUGCCCCCCGCUGCCCACGACGAGCGUGAUCAUUGUGUUUCACAACGAGGCCUGGUCCACCCUGCUGAGGACUGUGUACAGCGUGCUCCACUCCUCCCCUGCCAUCCUGCUGAAGGAGAUCAUACUGGUGGACGACGCCAGCACCGAUGAGCAUUUGAAGACGCAGCUGGAGGAAUACGUGAAGCAGCUGCAGAUUGUGAAGGUGGUCAGGCAGCUGGAGAGGAAGGGGUUAAUCACAGCCAGGCUGCUGGGAGCCAAGGAGGCAAUUGGGGAGGUGCUGACCUUCCUAGACUCGCAUUGCGAAUGUUUCCACGGCUGGUUGGAGCCCCUGCUGGCUCGCAUCGCGGAGGAUCACACGGCCGUGGUGAGCCCUGACAUCCCCAGCAUCAACCUCAACACCUUCGAGUUCUCCAAACCAGUGCGCCACAGCCAGCAACACAACCGCGGCAACUUCGACUGGAGCCUGUCCUUCGGCUGGGAGGCCCUGCCACAGCAUGAGAAAGAACGCCGCAAAUACGAGACGGACCCCAUCAAGACCCCCACGUUCGCUGGUGGUCUGUUUUCCAUCUCCAAGUCGUACUUCGAACACAUCGGGAGCUACGAUGAGCAGAUGGAGAUCUGGGGAGGAGAGAAUGUGGAAAUGUCCUUCAGGGUGUGGCAGUGCGGGGGUCAGCUGGAGAUCAUCCCCUGCUCUACGGUGGGACAUGUCUUCAGGACCAAGAGCCCCCACAGCUUCCCCAAGGGCGCCCAGGUCAUCACCAGGAACCAGGUGCGGCUGGCCGAGGUGUGGAUGGACGGCUACAAGGAGAUCUUCUACCGGCGGAACCGAAACGCAGCCACCAUGGCCAGAGAGCACACGUAUGGAGAUAUCUCCACUCGACUAAGGUUAAAGGAGGAUUUGAAGUGCAAGAACUUCACCUGGUAUCUGCAGAACGUUUACCCCGAGGCCUUCGUCCCCGACCUCACUCCAGCGCUGUACGGAGCGAUUAAAAACAAGGGAUGGCAACACUGCCUGGAUGUUGGGGAGAGCAACCAUGGAGGAAAACCACUGAUCAUGUAUCCUUGCCAUGGAAUGGGAGGAAAUCAGUACUUUGAAUACACCUCUCACAAGGAGCUGCGUCACAACAUUGGGAAGCAGCUGUGUCUGCACAGCAGCACAGGGCCGGUGAAGAUUGAGGAGUGUAGGCUGAAAGGAAGGGGCACCAGCGUGGCGAGAGAGCAGAUCUGGGAGCUCACAAGCGAUAAUCUCUUAAAGAAUCCAGCGUCAGGAAUGUGCUUGACUGCUAAGGAUAGGAAACCUGCUCUGGGCUCGUGUGACCCAACAGACCCACUCCAGAACUGGUCUUUCAGCUGAGAAUCUUGCAGGAGCGACCCAACAAGACUGGGGACGAACUGGCCUUCAGGGGUCUGAGUGGUGCGCCCCUUAGUUUCAGGACUCUGCAUUGGAGAGCUGCUGCCAGUGAGCGACACCAGGGCGGACAAUGGUCAUCUUGGAUACGAAUGAAAAAGACUGACCCACUUUGCACUGGGCCAUAAUGAUUUACAGUAUGUCGCCCUGCUAGUUCGCAGCAAAUUAUUUGCAAAACUCCAAGACUGAAUUGUGCCUUUAGGCCAUCAACUGUUUCAAUUGCCUUUUCUUUUAUACUUUCUGAAAGGACCUUGCGAUCUGGCUUUCUGGUGCCUGGGUGUCUAAUGCUUUUAUCUCGGCUGUGAAUCUGGAAUGGUGCUAUGGAGCACAAAACACACUGGUUCCUCUAAAACAGUCAAGACUUUUAUCCUUCUCAAAAAAAGCUGCAAGAAGUUUUGAAGAGAUUUUAUUGCAGUUUGGUUUUUGGGACAGAUAAUUGCAGGUUAAUGUGUUUUUUUUUUCAAUCCAAAAUCAAAUACCUUCCCUCCAAAGACAUUCCCAGAGGUCUCUGAAUCUGUCUAAUCAAAAAAAAAAUCAAAUGAAAGAGGUAUUUAUAAUAAAUGACUGCAAUCAAUUUUAUGGUGACCUCUAUGUGAAAUGGUCUGGUCCUUCUGCUCUAAAAUAUUUUAUAUAAACAGUCAAACCAUCUUAAUACCACGCCUGUUAAAAGUUACCCUCCUCAUCACACUGAAAUGCCCCAGCCUGAAUAACGUCAAUGGGGACAAGCCCCUGCUAGAAUCACACUGGUUAUUACAACACUCCUACACCUGAUUUCCAACCCACUUAACAUCACUUUGGAAAGCUGAAUGAAAUCCCUGUACUGAAAUGUAAAGUACAGUAGCAUUAUAGCAAGCACAACACGAUCACCUUUAACUGUACAGUAGUUUUCUGUACAGUGUAGUAGACUGGUAUACUGAAAUGUAAUUAAAGAAUGAAUGCUGCUGUACUUUAUUGGCACACAAAUGUUUUUGUGUUCAUAGGAACAAUAGUUUGAUUGAACACUUAAUUUUAAUGAUUGGUUUGUACAGCUGCACAUGCAUUCUUAUUACAGGGGUGGAGCAGCAGCAGUAAAUGUGUACAACCGGUAAUUAUUCAAAAAUGUUUUUUAAACGUUUCAGUAUUACAGCAGCUAAUCUUCUACCUCAGUAAUUUCUCUAGCACUGUAUUCUGUAAAAGUCUUGAUACGUUUGUUCACCUUUAUCCAAGACGCAGUGAAAGCUUUGUCAAAGAAGUUUCCUUUACCAUCGCUUUGCGUUCAACUUUAAUUCUGAAUGAAGAUUUAAUGAACAAGUCUGGGUAAGCUACCUCAUGGUUUAAAACAACUCUGAGGGGGCAGAUUAAGGCAGUGGAAUCAGUGAGCUGUGGGCUCAGUGUCAGUUUCUUUCCCCGGUGGGUGUAACAUCGCACCAGGGGACACGAGAUUCACAGAUACUGUAGCACUCGCACGUCAGAAGUGGUGUAAGUUUCACUUUUAAGAAGUGAGUUACUUUAAAACAUCCUUUAUGUGUGACAGCUGGCAACUUUUGACAGCAAUACUCCCUGCAACUUCAGCCAUUAACGUUUGCUGUAUUAACUACAGGGGAGAUGAAACACAUGUACAGUAACGUACAGAAUUAAAAAAAAAAAAAAAAAGGUGUAUACCUACCUCGUGCAUUUAAUCUUCAGUCUUGCGAUUUUUUCAAACCAUUUGUAUUUGAGAAUAGAGACAGUUUAGCCUGUGUCACAGCAUUUAGACUGGUUUGGUUUGGGCUCUUUUGGGGUACAAGGUUUUCAGUGACCUCUCAGUCUGUGCCGAGAAAGAGGUAGGGAGACUGUUCCACUGCUACCCCCCCUAGCUGAGGUGGAGGAGGUAAAAUGAAGCCUGGUAAGAACAGUAAAAAGAGAGGUUUAGAUUGAACUGGCUUGAAUAGCAUUGGUAGCUGAUCGAAGGGUUAAACCCAAUGUGGGAGUUACCCGUUUAGUCCAAAGUCUCAGUGAACACAAGCACACAAUUACCAAUGAUAAAAAAUGAUGCAAAUAAGAGACGCAAUACAAUUAGAGGGGUCAUGAAACAGGUUUAUUGUGGCUUGCAGACAGAGUGAGAGCGUGAGUACUUUACUGGCGCACUAUAUAUAUAUAACAAACAAUAGGACAGUUUGUUCCUUUUUAUCAGUUCAUAGUGGUUUUGUGUUGCCCCUUCCAGUGGUAGUCAAUGUUAAAAUGAUUUAUUCCCAGCAAAUAUAUUUAACACGCUCUCAUUUCCGGUCUGAUCAAUACUUUAGGUUCAGUACUGCAUUUCCACAUCCACAGCCCAAAGUUUAGCACCAUCUAGAUCCAUAUCAUUUGUUAUAUACAUUGUACAUAUGUAUAUGUUUUCUCUUAAGAGCGUGUUAGCAAUUUGAUGUGUGAUUUUAAAACGGUUGACAAAAUAUUGUAAUAAAUCAGUGUGAAAGUGCCAAUUUGAAACAUUUUCUUAGGAUUUAUUUUACAAAUUAGUAUUGGCUGCAUGCUAGACCCAUCCUUGCUCCAUAGACUUGGAGAGUUGGGUCAAAAAAUUAUCAAAAUACAUCUGUUCUGCAACAAACUGGGAAAUGUUUAAACUUAACCAUUGAUGGGGAAGAUGAGAUGGUGAAAUGUUUGCCAGGAAUGAAAAUGCCAACUCCAAACUCUCAGCUUAAAACAGAACAAGAGCCUGGAGGAUAUUUACAUGCGCUAAAGAGAUCUUUGUUAAUGGUGGUGGUGGUGGGGUGUCAGUUUCUACUAAAGUUGAUAUGCUAUGACCA